UAUAAAUUAAAGAUUAAGGAGAGGAGAUAAAGAAACCUCCUCCAUGAAGGACAGAAGGACACAUCAGGGUUGCUGUUAAUAGCUCAGACAACCAGAAUAGAAAUCAGGAGGAAGGUUCAACCUGAAACUUGAGUAGAAAACUAUAAAAUGUUCCGAUGAUCCCAAAAUAACUUAAAAGGUAAAUCAAAUGUGUUUUUGAGCGCAAACAUCAGGAAAUUCAACCAAAUCUGUCCUUGGAAGAGCACCAGACAUGAAGAGGUUUCAACCAAUCUCCGGCAGUCUGGCUCUUCUGGGACUCCUCCUUCAUCAUCAUCACCCCCUCCUUUCCCCGCGCGCCUCCCGUUCCUCCUCGCUGCUCUUCUCGCCGCUCCUCCUCACAGCACCACCACCGCAGUCCGUUACCGGUCUCAUAACCGAGCUGCGCCGCAUCGUCCCCGACAUGAAGAGAGCGCGAGGCUGCUGCGCCUCCAUCUAGACUGGGGGGAGGGGGAGCGUCUCACCGCGUCAAGACGGGGGGCACAAUGAGCGAGGAGCCAGCGGUCACCCCAAGCUGGCUGAGCCCGGAGUCCACAGCGUGGGCCAGUGGAGGCGGGGGAACCCUAGACAACAGCACCAGCUUGGGGACGUUUCCCCCGGAGGAGUCCCUGCCGCCCAGCCAGCUGCCACUGCUGGUCAACCCCUGGGACAUUGUGCUCUGCUCAUCAGGGACCCUGAUAGCCUGCGAGAACGCGCUGGUGGUGCUUGUGAUCUGGCAGAACCCGGCACUCAGGGCCCCCAUGUUCCUGCUGAUCGGCAGCCUGGCUCUGGCUGACCUGCUGGCCGGUCUGGGCUUGGUGCUCCACUUCACCUGUGCCUACCUACUUCGCUCUGACUCAGCCCAGUUGUUGACGGUGGGCUUGGUGGUGGCCUCUUUCUCUGCUUCUGUCUUCAGCUUGCUGGCUAUUACCAUCGACCGCUAUCUGUCACUGUACUAUGCCCUCACCUACAACUCGGAGCGGACUGCAGCUUUCACCUACACCAUGCUGGUGCUGCUGUGGGGCCUCUCGCUGUGUCUUGGCCUGCUGCCGGUCACAGGGGUCAACUGUCUGGCAGAGGAAGCCACCUGCAGCGUCGUGCGACCGCUGACUAAGAAUAACAUCGCCGUGCUGUCCGUCUCCUUCCUGCUGCUUUUUGGCCUCAUGCUGCAACUUUAUGUCCAGAUCUGCAAGAUUGUAAUGCGCCACGCGCACCAGAUCGCUCUCCAGCACCACUUCCUGGCCGCCUCGCCCCACUACGUCACAACGCGAAAGGGCGUGUCCACGCUGGCCAUCAUCCUCGGUACCUUCGCUGCAUGCUGGAUGCCCUUCACCGUCUACUCCCUCAUCGCCGACUACACCUACCCUCCUCUCUACACCUACGCCACCCUGGUGCCUGCUACCUACAACUCUGUCAUCAAUCCGGUCAUCUACGCUUUCCGGAACCAGGAGAUCCAGAAGGCACUGUGGCUGGUGUGCUGCGGCUGCGUGCCUACAAGUGUGGCCCAGCGUGCACGGACACCGAGUGACGUCUGACAUCACGAGACAGGAGAAGAAAAACAGAAAAGAGGGUCCGAUCUGCUCCUAUACCUGUUGGGUGUCAGAGGGCAGGAGUUGGAGUGGGCUGUUGAAGCCCAGAAGGAUGGAUGGGUUUUUUCUUGUUUCACUGACCACAGGGCAAGAAAUCUCACUGUCUUCCCACUUAAGGGCCAUUAAGUCAGCUGCAUCCUGCCCCCUUCUGUUCCUAUUGUGCCACGCCCAUUCUCAUUUUUGCAAAGGGUGAAUAACCCCAAAAGAUACUUACCAGCAGUGUAUCUUUCUCCCCAUCGAGAUGGAGAAGUUAUUAGUUUGUGUGCAAAAACACACAAAAUAACACACCCGUGUUGCGCAGGGCAGGUGUUUUCUCAGUCUGGAGCAGCAUCCCGGCGUUCUGCUGCUGCACCCUGAACGUGCACCGAAAGCUAAACAGCCGCGGGGAGCUAAAAAUAGCCCCCAUGCUCUCUGAUCUGCGUUCAACAGACGCCGGGGAAGAAAUCAAGGCGCUCCCUUUUUUUUUUUUUCUCUCGCCUCUUCCAUUUCCUAUCUAUCUGUCUUGUUUUCCAGUUCAGAUUUGCGUGUCAAAGCGUUACAGUUCAGGAGGCUCAAGGCCAGGCAGACCCGCCCCGUUAAAACCCUCCUGCAUUUUUUAUUAGUACAGAGGCAUCAAACCAAAUAUAGGCCUGUUUGAUUAUGUAAUCCCCAAGUACACCUCUUCCAUUUAAGCGAGGAAGUAGCGUUUACUGUCUCAGUUUGACACUCAUCUUUUUUCGUCUGCAGUUCUUUGCUUUAAUCAAAGACAUCCGAUUCAUUUUUGCUCAUUUGCAUGCGAGCAGCACAAAAAAACCCUUCGGUUGCUCCCUCAGUUCGGUGUGGUAGGUCACAUCCACCACUGCAGGCAAUGUGCCAUGCUUUCCUGAUGUUGUCAUGACCUUAAAAAGCGUAGUUUUAGUACAAAUGACCACAGUGUACCUUACAUGUGCUGCAUUAUAAGAGCUGCAGCUAUAACCUCCAUGUUGCAUAUUUCUUUUUUUAACGUGGACUGUACUGUGAAAUUUGAAGUCCCGGCUGCUUUCAGUUAUCCAAACCCGCUCUCAGAUCAUGUCAGCAAUAACUCGCCAAUGAAUGGUAGUUAUUUUUUUUAUGUGAAGCAAUACUCAGACAGCAAUAACACCCCCACGUCCCACUUUGAUUUCUAUCUGCCGAUUGAGCUGCCGAUUGAGCUGCCUUAAAGGCUGCUCAGGUGUGUUGUUGAGGACGGGCUCGGUGGGUAAUGCUUCAGUAAACGGCGGGAGCAUCUCUCAUAAAAUCCAAGAGAAUUUGACUUUGAUCUUGUGUUGCAUCAAUUCGUAAACAGUUUUCCACCCGCUGCUUCUGCCUUUAGCGAGUGUUUGAACCAUCCUGGGUGUCGUAACCUCCAAUAACAGUGUGUGAACCGUGAUUUUUGUGCAUCCGGUAUGAGCUGCAUGGCCUCUGGGUUUGUGCAUGUGUUCGGUGUGUGCAUAACACUUUUGUCUCCUUUUCGUUGCGUUUUCCAGCUCUGUUGAUCUGAAAGGAUAAGUCUUCCUGUAAAUUUCAAGAGAAGUUGUCUCAUCUGAUUGUUUGCUUUCUGGAGGGAGAUGGGCAGUCCAGCCAGCACUUCAAGCCAAAGUGAAAGAGUCUCUCAACGAUCUUUGAUCCAAGUCCUGCUGUUUCUUUUUCCGUAUCUCUAAUGCUAUGUUCUUUUUUCUAAAUCGAGAUCAAGGCAGAUGUCCGUGAAGUGACUUUUUGAUAAUUCUAUGAGCUAAAAACAGCUACUUCCAAAUACAAUGCUUCUUCUUUCUUUCCCCCCAUCGAACGUCUUUCUGGCCUCAGAUCACGCAGGCAAAUCUUUAUCUUAUUUAUUUCAUUUCAGGUCUGAAGGGGAAAGAAAAAAAAGAGCAUUUCGAAGCAUGGAAAUGUAGUCUGCGUUUGUGAAAAUGUGCACUGUGUCGGACUGAACAGUUAUUUGUUGAGCACCAAAAGGUCAGACGGGCACAUCUAAAACUGUUUUUACUUUGCAUUUGGAGAAAACUCUAUUUUAUUAUUGAAAAUUUCUAUUUUUUUCCACUUUAGUCUGGUCAGACCUGUUCUAUUACUGCGCUGUGAAGCCUUUUUCUGAAUGUAGUAUUUGUCUAAUCCACUUUUUUUUUUUUUUUUUUGUAAAUACGGCAUGCCGAUGAGGACCUAACACGAACCCGCAUGGUGCUACUGAAGCUGGUCAAUUUCUGACGAGUUCUUUGGAAAAGCAAGACAGUGUUCUGGUAGAUUUCACUCGUUUGUAAAGUCAAACGUUUCUUUUUCCGUCACAGCAUUCCCUGAAACGGUGAAAGAGAUUUUGUACAGCUAUUGUUUUGCUGCGGAGCAGGUUUUUUAGUUUUAAAAAAAGGGCUUUGUUUCUCAGAAAGGUGAAGGAACAGUGAUGUUGGAUGUAUUAUUGAUCAGCAAACACACUCGUUAAUCAGUUUCUGGCAUAGACAGCUUUUUUUUCAGGACAAACUAGCGGAGAAUGGUUAAAGUGACUUCCUGAUUACUGAUUUUAGAGCUAAAUAAUAAAGCACUACAGGGCCUGUGAAUGUGUGCGCGCGUGUCUGUGUGUGUGUUUGGGAUGGAGAUAUGGUGGCACCACAGUUACAGCAUCUAUUGUAGACAUACGCGUAGACUUCAAUGUGAAAUGCACUUUAUUCUUUGGAUGACAAUGGCACAAAAAAAUUUAAAGUAUCUGCAAAAUGAAACGUAUAAAUGAUAAUCAACCUGCACUAAUUUAACGGAUAUAUUGUACAUACAUUUCUGUGAACGUGUUGUCUAUUUUUCCAAAGUGUUAGUUGUACUUUUUAUUGCUUUGGUUAGCUCACUCAACUGAGAAAUCUUGUUAAUUUUGUAUUAAAAACAAAGAUGUGCUGUGCAUAAAA